GGAUCUCCCUCUGGUACGAAGCUGUCCUCCCCUCCGUUGCCUCCUCCAAUGCUGCCAGCCUAGAUGACGCCUGGCUCCGGUACACCUGCACAACACGAGCGCACGCACAUAGGAAUGAGAUGUGGAGUGCUGUUAUGAAGGAGGUGCCUUUACAUGAGAGACAGUGCGGAGAAGACUGGAGUGGAGGAGGGGAAGUUGCACAGAUUGGGACAAGAACAUGAGUUGAACAUGAGCUGUUCUCAGGUGGAGCUGGAGGGGAAAGAAAGUCCUCCACCAGAGGAACUAGACUGCAAAAUCUGUUACCAGCGCUACAAUGCUCACAUCCGAAAGCCCAAGAUCCUGGACUGCCUGCACCGGGUCUGUGCACGCUGCCUCGUUAAGAUCCUGGACAUUGCUGACAGUGCAGGAUGCAUCACCUGUCCAUUUUGCCGACACCAAACUGAGGUUACAGAGUACGAGGUGUCAGGUUUGCCUGAUGAUGCUAACAUCAUGUCCCAUUUGGCAACGUCAGACAAAUCCUGGAGCUCAGACCACAACAGGGAGGUGGUUCUGUCUCCAAAAAGUCUCUCUUCCAGCCCUUCGCGUGACUCCAACUGCUUGGUCAUCACAAUUAUGGAAGUGCAAAGAGACUCACAGCAUUCGCCGAGCCGCAAUGGCAGCUCUGACAUCUAUGCUGAGCAGAGUCUGGACUCUGUAUCACUGGGGUCAAAUGGAGCAGCUGAUCAAGAUCCUCUGUCCAAGUUCUGCAAUCAUGUCCCUCGGAUUCUAGUCUGGCUGCUAGGUUUCUUAUACUUUGGCUCUCUGCCUCUAGGAAUCUACCUGCUGGUGAUCCAGAAAGUGACUCUGGGUAUUGUAUGUGUUAGCCUUGUGCCAUCAAGCCUCACAGUUUGCCUCGUCUAUGGAUUCUGUCAGUGCCUGUGCCAGGGCAUGUGUGACUGCUCCACCAGGGGUUGAUAGGAUACCACUGGAAUGACAGAUCUAGACAAACUAUAGCUCUGGGAAGAAAAAAAUAAACUCAGCUCAUGUAGAAAGGUAUCAGAUGUGCCAUAGCUCAGGUUCUCAACCCUUAUCCAGUAAACCCCAGCCAUGCAUAGCUAAAAAACAUGAUUUAUUAGGCACGUUCAGGCUGGGAAGAUUUAAGUUCUGUGAUUUUCAUUGUUCUAAUGUGUAUUGUUCUUAAAUGAGAUAUCCAUAGCAACCCCUGCUGUGACAUCUAAUGUGAAAGCAGAUGUCUAAUGUUUCCUUUACAAAAUGACAGCGCUUAAAGCUACCAUAUGUAGGUUUUAGGGGUGUUUAUUUGCAUUAUAUAUCAUUCUUAGCAAUCUGUUCAUUAAUUCAUAUAUCUAUAUGGGAGCGCCCCCCCCCCCCCCAUUGAAGCUGCCAUGCUGCACCACCAUGUUGAUGUAAUGGUAUCUUUGGCACUGUAAUGGCACUGACUUGAUAUCAGUGCAGGCCAAUAAGCUUAGGAAUGCUUAUUUUUUGUGAAAUGGAGAACCACACAUAUUGUUUAUCACAAGAGAACGCCAGAGAGCGUGAAUCCCCAUCAACAAAUGUGAAAACAUGAAGAGAAAACAAAUCAUGACU